AUGAAUAAAACCGAAGAGCAAGUGAUUGAGAUCAUUGAAGAUGUGGUAAGACACCACAUGGAUUGGAAAGAAGGACAGAGGGAGUCUUCAAGCAAAGGAAGGAGUGCGGUUUACUCCGUUGAUCAUCUCAACGCCAUCAAUAAUUUGACGUCUCAAAUCGCCAACCUUGGCAAGGAGAUGACAUCAAUCAAGGCGAAGCUUGAGUCCUCCUCUUCACAACAAGAGCGUCCCUCCCAAUCUAAGGGGAGAGCUAAUUCCAAUGUGAGAGGUCCUAGAGCACAACAAGACAACUAUUACACUGAAGCACCUCCACAAAAGUCUAGCCUAGAAGAGAUGAUGGAAACCCAAGCCAAAAUGUUUAAUACCAUCAUGGCCACUAGUGACAAGAAGUUCAAUGAGGUUAUGACUCACAACAAAAUUCUAGAAACCCAAAUCUCCCAAUUAGCCACUGCCAUUAAAGAAGGAACUAGAACUUCUAAACUUCAACCCCAAGGGCUUGACCCCAAGAGACAGGUGAAUGCCAUUUCUACUAGGAGUGGGAAGUUGUUGAAGGAGAGUAAGCCAAAGAAAACCAAUGAGAGAGUGACCAUGAAUGAACCGUCCCUUGAGAGUGAGUUUGAGCAAGAAGAUGAGAGAAGUUGUGGAAACGAAAAAGGUGAUGAAGUUGAGAAAGAAGUUAGAGUUGAAAAUGAAAGAGAAAUUGAAAUAGAAAAGAGAGUACAAAAAGAGAAAGAGAAGGAACCAACACAAUUGCAAAAACUUCCAUAUCCUCAUAAGUUUGUGAGACACAAGCUAGAUGUGAAAUUUGGUAAGUUCCUAGAAUCCUUGAAACAAGUCCACCUCUCAAUACCCUUUACCGAUGCCAUAAAACAAAUGCCCAAUUAUGCUAGGUUUCUAAAGGAUAUUGUGAGUGGAAGGAGAAGUUGUGUUGUUGUUGAAACGGUGAACUUCACUGAAAGUUGUAGUGUUAUCAUAAUGAACAAGAUGCCUCCAAAGUUAGGAGAUCCGGGUAACUUUUCCAUUCCUUUUGCCAUAAAUCGAAUACAAAAUGAUAAUGCUUUAUGUGACUUAGGGGCUAGUGUUAGCCUUAUGCCAUAUACAGUUUACCAAAGACUUGAUAUAGGGGAGCUUUUUCCUACCAACAUUACCCUCCAAUUAGCAUAUAGAUCAAUCAAAUUCACUAAGGGUAAGGUAGAGGAUGUUCCUCUAAGGGUUGGAAAGUUUGUUAUACCGGUUGAUUUUGUUGUGCUAGACAUGGAUGAGGAUGUGCAUAAUCCUAUCAUUCUAGGGAGACCUUUUCCAGCUACUUCUGGUGCUUUGGUUGAUGUGAAAAGUGCUAAAAUUACACUCAAAUUCGGUGAAGAGGUUCUUGAGUUUGAUUUGAAUGAAAGCAUGAAAUAUCCUAGUUCUACUUUAGAGAAAUGCAUGAAAAUUGACACCAUUGAUUGUAUUGUGAAUUCUAUGCAAGAGCACUUGUUCUCUACUAACAAUGCCCUUGAGAAUGUCUUAUUAAACAAGGAAAAGAUAGGUGAUCAAAGCAAGGAAAUGGCGUUGUAUGAAGAGUUGCUUGAUGAGAAUGUUGAAGGAAAUGUUGAGCAAGCUUGCAUGGGAAUCACACCCAAACAUGCUAUGGAGAUUUCCCCUACAAAGGAAGGUAAGGGUGUGCUUAUGGUAGAGCUAAAACCUCUACCAUCACACCUUAGGAGAAUGCCAUUUGGUCUAUGCAAUGCACCCGAGACGUUUCAAAGAUGCAUGAUGAGCAUAUUUGGUGACAUGCUUGAAGAGGAAAUGGAGGUAUUCAUGGAUGACUUUUCGGUUGGUGGCCUUUCAUUUGAGGAUUGCCUGACAAAUUAG